CAAGUGACAACUGCUCCAAAAACAGCUGUCGAGUUGUAUAAUUUUUGAUGUGCGGAAAUGGCAUGCGCCCGAAAUUUGCUUUUUCGCGUUUUCCUGAAUAACUCCGUGUCGCUCAGCCGCACCAUCACCAUGUCAGCCACGCGCCGCGCCGAGGAGGCCAUCGAAAAGCUGAAGGAGGGCAAUCCCUACUACUCCAAGUACGCGAGCAAGAUCGCCCAGCUGCAGCAGACGUCGGCGGAGGAGUUCCUGGAUCGCGUGGAGCGUGUGGUGAAUCCCAUCAAGGAUGGCCAGAGCCAGGCCAGGACCUACUCCGAGCUGCUGAACCCCAAGCAAAAGUUGCAGAGCCAGGAGGAUGCUGAACUGCCGCACAAGAAGCUCACCGACAUCAUGAAGCUGGAGCUGAUUGCCGACAAGAGCGCCGAGGAGGUCUCGCAGAUCUGGCUGGAGUACCACAAGACCAAGGAGGUCCUGGCCGCCACUCUCUCCACUUCUCAGUACGAAACCCUCAUGACUCGGGCCAAGGAGCACCCCGUCUUCCUGCUGCCUCUGCCCCGCAGCGAGGGAUUCGAGUUCGUGAUGCUGCAGUUCGCCGCCAAUACGGUGCACUUCACCCCGUUGCUCGCUUACCAGGUGCACCAGGAGAACGCCCCCGAGUGCCUCACUCUGGUGCACUACACCGAGGUCGAGGACAAGGGAGUGGUCCUGAUGCGCGGCGAAUACGACACCAAGGUCCUCACCGCCCAGGAGGCUCAGUGCCUGGCCAACGAACUACAGAUGUUCUACCUAAAGCCCGACGAGGGCAAGCUGAGCCUGCUGGAGACCUUCACCCGCAAACCGGACGAGUUCAAGCACAUGGAUCUGAUCAAGGAGGUGGAGAACAUCCAGUUGGUCUAGGCCCUGCGAUUAUAGUCAAAAUAAACUAAACAAAACUCGACACCGACACCCACAACACUUAAAACCAAAA